GCGCAAACCCAGCGACUCCAUCGCCGAACCUCGACCCACGGGCAUGUACAAUGGGUACAGCCACCCAUAUCAGCCUCCCAUGCAUCCUCAACACCAUAUUCACCAUCCCACUGCACACUCAACGGCUCUCACGCCCAACCUGCCACCUCGCUAUCCUCCCAAUGGACAGGCGUAUCAGAUUCAUCAGGGCCCUCCAUCCAACAACAACGGCACAGCACAGCUUGGUGCUGCACCGACCCACCAGCAUCACGGACCUCCGCGCCCUGCUUAUCCUCAACACCAUCAGGCACCGGGCGCACAACCACAGACAAACGGCUACACGGCUGCCGCCACUGCGCCGCGACCACAGCAUCCCGGCGCGCAAGUACCGCCAUACAACCCAGCAUAUGCCAACAGGCCACAACCGCCACCACAUGUCGCAAAUCAUAGCCCUGCUGGCGCUGGACCAAACGCCGCACCCAGGCCGCCUCUGGCCAGGCCGGGACAAGGGCCCCCACUCAGACCUCAACAAGGCCCUCCAGCCCCUCCUACUAUGCACCCGGCAUCGAAUGCGUCCAGGCCUGCACCCUCUACCCAUCAAAUAUUGCACCCUGCGCAAAACAGCGCGCCUGCAGCGCCCCUGGGCCCUGUGAUCGAGCCCUUCCUCAGGCUCUUCAUCAGGGAGUUCCGUGCCGAGGUCAUCAAACAGCUGCAGGCGAAAGAGGG